AUGAAGAAUUUGAUUGAUGGUGAUUUUGCAAGCAAUAAUGGAGGUUGGCAAUGGUUUGACUCAAAUGGUGACUAUAUACGAAGAUGGUUACCCGAAUUAAAAGAUCUAGAUUCCAAAGUUAUUCAUGAUCCUUUUAAAUUUUCAAGUAAAAAAGAGUUUGAGAAAUUGGG